CCGCGGCGUCAGCUGUUUCUCCCAGCGCCUGAGCAUCGGCCGGGCCUCCCCUCGCCCUUAUACUGUGACAGAACAUCAUCCCCCCAAAAGCUCGUAAUGAAAAAAUGUCCGUGUGGAGUGAUAGCUUGUGCCUGGAGGAGGACGGCGCCAUAGAGCUCGGGGAGAGCAUCGAGGGCCUGUGCUUCCACCAGGCGCUCAACGUGCUCCUGGUCACCACCACGGACGGCAGGAUCAGGGUGUUCGACCCCCACUCUUCCCUCAAGCUCUCUGACGUCCACCUGCAUGGGGAUGGCAAGAAUAACCUGGUGUGCGUAUACCAUGGAGAGAGUAACAGUGUGGUGGUGUGUGGAGGGCGUACGGUGGGGAUGCGCCGCGAUCAUCAUGGCGUUCUCCUCCUCGGUACUGUUCUCCAGGCACCUGUGGCCGCACCAGAAGAAACGGUCAUUGUGGAAAUGCUGCUAUCAGAGGGUAUCCAACUACAGCAGACACUGGCAUUUGGGGAGCUGAGUAACAUUGAUCAUGCUGCAGAGGUGCAGGAGGUCUUGGCCCAAGGAAUCGCUGCUCAUCAAGCACAGUCGCGCAUAAAUCCAAAAUUAGCCAAGUGGAGUACAUUGCGCUUGGAGUUGCCUCUGGGUGUCCUGCGCAGUGUGUGCCUGGGCGUAGUGAGCGAGCUCAAGCGCCUCACACGAUACAUACCCGCCUUAUCUAUUGCAUCAGCGCUGAUUCAGCGGCUGGCCCAUCUUUUACCCCCUCCCACCCCAGACACCGGCCAAGGUCCUCCUGGCGCUGGGCCACCUGACAGAGAGGCGAUGUGUAGUGAGGCUGCCAGAUUGGCCACCUUCAUUAAAUGGCCUCACAUGAAUUACAAGUGGGCCUUACCAGAGCAGAUGGCUCAAGCAGGCUUCUUUCACCAACCAAUAGCAGCAGACGAUGACCGUGCAAUGUGCUUCAUAUGUAGUGUCUGCCUUGUCUACUGGGAACCAACGGACGAGCCUUGGUCGGAACAUGAGCGCCACUCUCCGAACUGCCCAUUUGUUAAAGGGGAAUAUACCAACAAUGUGCCGCUCUCUGUUACAUAUGCCACCAGCCCAGCACUGACGCACAGUGAACGCACCGAGGAAGUGGCAUUUAUAAGUCACACUAAUAGUCAUCAGUUUAUUGCUUCUGCAACGAAACAUGGCAAUAUUGUUGUGUGGAAUACAGCUAAGCAACUAAAGAAGGAGGUAAAUUUUUCAAUAGAUCCCUCUGACUCUACAAUAUUAGAUAAGCAUUUUUCGGACACGAUAGGGUAUACGGAUGUACCUCUGCAGCCACCUGCCCCCUGUGAAGCGUGGACAUGGGGAGAGGAAGAACAGAAUGGUUCAGCAAAUAGUGAAAAUGAUGCCAGUCUUGCUAGAGCGGAUUCUGAGUGUGAUAUGCAUGCUGGCCUCCGUACUGAAACUGACGCUCCAAGCAUCCAGUCACCAGGACCACCAACGCCGCCUGUUCCCCCUGCGUCAUCCCCAUCUCCACCUCCCCCUCCUCCUCCUCCCCCAACAUCUCAGGUCGUAGAGUUACCCCUCGAUGAUAUAGCAGCUGAUGAACUGUUUGCACCCCCUCGACCGUCACACGAUGUGAGAGUUUCCUCUCUCUGUGUUUUAGCAGAUCCAAUUGAAGUGUCCCAAAGACUAAAGGGUGCUACUGUGAAUGUGUUAUCUUCUGUUCGUUCUUGUCUAGUAGUUGGGGUGGGACUGAGGCGUUACGAACUUUUUGGCCCAUCCAGCGGAGAUCGUCAGGAAACUUGUGACGUUGGACUGGUUCAGGUGCUUAAUAAUGUGAAUCAAGCUAGCCAAAGAGAAGCAGAGAGUUUGGACAUUAUGAAAUUAGACUCUUCUAGGAGAGGAUCCACAACAGAAGAGGAAAAUGACAUAGACUGUGUUGCUCUGGAGUUGGAGUCUGCCUCGUUGAGUGAUCCUGCAGUUGUGUCUUCCUCUGCAUCUGUUGGUCAGCAGAACUUUGUUCCAUAUUUGUUAGUGUACGACCUUAAUGUUAAUGCUCCACAACCAACAACCAGUAACAAAGUGGCUACAAAAUCGGUAACCCAAGGACCUUAUAAGAAAUCUACUGUGAAGGUUGGAACAUUUGGGCAGACUAAUAUAAUUACUCAUCCUAAGACUAAACACCUGUGGUCAGAUCCACCAUUACUGUUGCCUAAUGAUAUUGAAAUGUUUUUUUCUCCACCUAAUAUGUUUGUAAAGAAUAAGGGAACUGCCCAGGUGGGAUCAACCUCAGCAUCAAAGUCAAAAGCCAAAGAUAAUCAGGUUACACCUGAGCCUCAAUCAAAGAAUGGUUUAAAAAAAGAACCCAAGUGCAUCCAGUGCAUUCCUCUUCCGCAUAAGUUGAACAGUAUAAAGCUACGAUUGACAGUUAACCAAAUAGUACCUACAACUUGUGGAGAGUACGUUGUUGUCACUCUGAGCAGGAGCGACGGCUCGGCGAGCAGCAGCUGUUCGGGGAGCGUACCCACGGACACCAGUGAUGGCGCAGUGGGGGGAGUGAGGGAAGUGUUCGGGGCUAUUAUUGUGUACCGCGUGUGUCAGGGCAGUGAAGUGGUAGUGCUGCAGGAAGAGCCCGUCAACACUAAGCUUCUCACAUCUUACGAAUUUGUGCCCAAAAAGCUGUUGCUGCUACCACCAGAGUUUAGCGAUAACGAUUGUGGAAUAAAUGGGGUCGCAGCAUGCAUCACCAUGGAUGGUUCUCUAAGGCUUUUGUCUCUGUCAACCUUGGAAUUCUUUCAUGGUGUUGCACCACCCUCAAGCCGCCACUUUAACAAUGUGGUCUACUGUAACAGCUUGGAACGACUGUGUGUGAGUUGUGACGACGGUAGAGUCAACUUGAUCCAGCUGCGUAAAGAGACAGAAAUGGGCAAGGAACCCGAUACUACAGCCUCAAGCACAACUUCAGCUGCAUCCGUGCCUUCUACUGCAGCUCCAGCACUGACGCGGGAGCCAGAGCUUACGCCUGGUGAACUGCUGGCAAAUCAGGAACUGUCGCAGGAGGUUCUUGACAAGUGUGUAGAGCUGACUCAGUUUCAGACAGGAUGCCCAAAAUUUGUGGCAACUGUUCCACCUUGCUGGUCAGAAAUCAUCCAAGCACAAAAGCAGCGUCGUAACCCCCAGCACCUCCAACAGCAUGCUGACGACAUGGACACUACCCGCACCUGGCGGCUUGAGUCAGAUAGUUCAACAUUUGAUGAGCACUUGUUUGAGUUGUUGCUGCCAGCUGGGGCAAGUGGGGUCGGCGCAGUGCAAGUUGGUCAUGUUGAUCUCAAGCUCAACUUCAUCCCAGGCCCUCCUAACCCUUUACCAGUGUUACAGGUAACCUUGUUGCGUCAAAAUUUAGCUACGCCUCGGCGUCAGACUGGGCAUCAAGGAAGUAGUGCAUCUUCCAGCACUGGUGGUAGUGCUUCUCCUUCACAUGCUCACACUCCAUCCACAUCAAGCAUCCCACAUGAUGUCUUAGAUGACUGUCCUGAAAACCCAGUGUUGACGAAGGAGUUCCAGUGUACACACAAUGCAGAAAUACUGUGUGGCCCAGUGACAGUCAACCGCUGCAUUGACUUAUCAGGCCAGGGAGCAAACAUCACUCUCACCUCACCAAGUCUACUAGCAUGUCGCAGCAGAACUUAUCUUGUACAUAUAAAGGCUUUGCCAUUGAAGCUGCCCCAACAACAGUCACAGCAGCAACAGUCACAACAGCAGUCACAACAGCAGCAGCAGCAUGACCUUCAAAAGAACAGUGACCUUGAUCUGGUGACUCAAUACAUGCCUCCCCAAUCAUCCACGUUCCUGGACCGUUUGGCGGCUUCCUCCAAUAAACGGGUGGACUUGGUUCGAGGAUGUGAUAUUAUUCAGGAGCUCUCCAUCACAGUCAGAUGUUGUUUGAAGACCACCAUUUCUCAUGAGAGGCAACAGAGAAUGUCAUUGGUUGAAAGUGAAACCUUCCACAAGAGUCUUCUUGAAGCAAUUAUUGGCGACACUUCGUCUGAUCACGUUCGUCACAGAGCUUUAGACAUGUUACUCUGGGUUACUUCAAUACAUACAGCUGCUGUUGAUGACAACACCAUCAGCGUGGGAAUUAUCACAAUGCUUCAGCUCCACCUCUCUGGACUGGUGCGUUCAUGUCUCCUGCUUGGGGACCGAAGUAUUGCCCACAAAACAUCCAAAAUAAUAGUCACUGCUCUGGAGGGUUCCCGUGUUGUUGAGGGCGGCACAGUGUUUGGUUGGGCCGUGUUGGAGGCUCUGUUGGAGUGGCUGGAUCAUGUCCUUACCUGCCAGAGUGCCGGUGCUCUUCAUUGGUUUUUUACCCUUCUUAACCAUGUCAAAUGGUGCAACCCUUGGGGAACUUCUCGCAAGGUUACUCAACUGUUAACCAUGAUCUCAGAAGCUCUGAGCAAGAAAGUGGACCCACUACAUGCAGUAUUACAAACUAGGUUUAACCUCUAUGGGACACCGUUUGAACGAGAGCUCUUUGACACGGACCCUCCACUACUUGCAAAACAGACAAUUAGCGGUACUACUACUGGUCAUUCAAACUCGAGCCACAACACCGGCAAUAACAAUAAUAACAACAACAAUAAUAACAUCAGUUUCGGUGGCAGUGGCAUAUCCGGGAGCAUGCAGACUGGGCCAGGAGGCGGCACUCACACCACCAUGAACGGCAAAACUGGGGGCCCCGGUACUACUAUUGGCUAUCCGUACAUUGUAAUGGGACGUGAUGACAGUGACAUCGGGGCACUCCUGGGGCGGGGGUCACAAGUUGGUGCCUUCCUAGGCUUGACACAUACCAGUGCUCUGUGUGGAUUGUUGGAGGUGGAGCCGCUUCAUUUUACACUCCACAUGGCUAGUGAUGGUACCAAGAUGGAAAGAGCAUCAACAGGUUCCGGUCAUCCUGGUAGUCCGUUUAUGAUGCAGCCAUUUACUAUCCCAGGGGGAUUAGACACCAGCACCCUGACCCAAGUUGAGGCUUCGAGUAGCAGUGGAACAGCAAAAGCAGUUGAUGCAUCUGUCACAAUGUUACACAAGGCAGUUGAGGACAUGGCUGUUAAGAAUCAGGCUGUAGAGCUACUACUUGCCAAGAAGGCUACUAAAACUUACCUAGAGAAGCUGCAGACUCUCAGUGACCAGUUAGCUUCAAUGAAACAUUGCCUUCAAAAGGCUAAACAACGAACACAAACUCUAGCCAAAGUUGUGGCUGCAGAAAACUCUGGCUCUCAGUCAGUCGAUACGUUACUACCUUUAGAUGGAGAAAACAAAGAAAUGGACAUAAAAGAAGAAACUAGCACAAUUUCAUCAAGCAGCUCUGAUGCCACCCCUGACGAUGGACUGAACGCCAUCCUCUUGACUGAGGCUGAAGAUGUCGCUCAUCCAUCAGUGCAGUAUAUGGGUAAUGGUGAUGUUGACUUAGUUGUUUCAGCCAAGAUUGACUUUGGCCUUUCAUCAGUUGAAGAAGAAGUGGAUAGUUCCAAACAUGUUGUCCAGCAGAAUUCGUAUACCAAGAGGAAGAGUGAUGAAGAUGUCAGUUCACUAGAGAGCAAGGCUUCUACUCCUUCAGCAGGUCACCCUCCAACAAAAGAUGGAACACAUGGGAAGAAAGUUACAUCUGCCAUGCAGGGGAGUCUUGGGGCACCUUGGCAGCAGCUGCUAUCUCUGCCACCUCAGCAAAUGCUCGUUAUUGAGAGGAUGCACUCUGGAGCGCGACGUUUUGUUGUGCUCGAUUUCGGCGCUCCAGUUUUACUAACAGAUGUGGUUAUUCCGGCUUGCAGUGACCUAGUCUCUCUGAGCAUAGACAUCUGGAUGACAGGAGAGGACAUGGAUGGAGAGAGGCUAGUGGUGGCUUCUGACAUCGGUAUGCGGCCGUUGAUUCUGGCUGACCUUCAACCUCCUCCCUUGUGUAGAUAUCUGAAGGUAACAACUCUCGGGAGAUACGGAAUGAAUACGUCGUCCCAGUGCAGAAUACCAGUUGGUGCAUUUUAUGGACAUACCCUGAUUCUUCCCUGGCAGCUACAGCCGGGCCAGCCGCAUCCGACGCUCAUGAACAAAGUCUCUGCCCAGACCCAGUUAACAGUGUUGGGAAGUGUGGUGGAGGACAUAGGGUGUCGUUACAGCCUAGCUUGCAGUAAAUUGCGAUCUCUCCUCAACCCUCUCCUUAUGAGCCCAACGGCUCCUACGGGUCCUCACACCUCUUUCGGUUAUUCAGAAAUGUCUUCUGUUGGGUCUCGGGAUGCAGAUCUUGAGCGGAAAAUUACACAUGCUUAUCAGGAGUGCAUGUUGGAGCAGCAGCACCUGAACCUGGUGGUGUCUGUGAUGCGUAGACUACAGUGUGUGGGAGGUGCGGAGAGUUCCUCUACGCCUUACUCGCCGACUUCAGCCAGUACCAACCACAACAAGCAUUUCUUCUCGGCAGUCAGUUCGUCGUCAGACAAACUGGCUACACUUAUGCAAUACCUCUUAAACUGCCUACUUACAUUGUCCCUGCCUAUACCCGGGAUGUCGGUACCACACAAUCUGAUGGAGUGGUGUGGGCCUGAGCAAGCCAAGGUACUGGUGGAACAGGUGUGCGUGAGGGGGCCCAAGGGAGCACAGGUGGGUGUGGCGUCGCUCCUGGCUCGACUGUGUGCUGGCCAACCCUGGUGGGGAGACUUUUUGGCCAACACCAUGACCACACUUUUCUCCUCCACCAAUACUCUGCACUUUCCUGCCACCAGAGUUUUUGCCCUGCUUACCUUCCUUGGGCAAAAAAGUGUUGGCAGUGGACGAGGGAGUCAGGUCAUUGAUGCCAUACUGCGAGUUCUCUCCGCCCAACUACAUAGCACUGGAAACCUGACUGUUCACAGCCCUACACCUACUUCCAUGGACAUAAAUUCAAUGUGGUUACCUUGGCAUAACAUUGGCUCUCAGGUUGACACACAUCUUGUCUCGUGGCUCCUGCUCUACCUCUCGCUCUGUCUGGAUGCUCUCACUCCAACACGGAAGAAUGACACAGAGAAGAAUAAAGAAAAUGGUGGGCGGUGGACAUGGCUGACAGCAGAGACGUGUCUCCAGAGAAGGGGUUCAGAAGCAAGCCGGAGUGCACCGCGGGCUUCUCGAGAACGUCUCAGAAAGCGCCUGGUGCACCAUCAGAAGCAGCAGUUGGUAAAUCUGGAAACUGCAACAAAAUCCUUGGGAGAGGUUGGUUCUGGGCAGGUUCUUGCUGGUUUAAGUGGCGAGAUCUACCAGAAACUUGACACAAUUCGGAGAUCAAUUGUGAGACGAUAUACCCGUACAACUUCUGCAUCAUCAAGUGGAGGAGCACGCAAAGAUGAUAGUGACUCCUCUGGAGAAGUGUUUGUGCCCUUAGACCGUACCACAGCAUUGUCAGUGGCUCAUGGACUCAUCAAGCUCUUAAUGAACACGAGCUCUCCCUGCUGUGUUGAUUCCUUCCUACUGACUUGCAAAGUUAUCGGAGGGCUGGUGAGCGUGAUCAGACCAAGUCCAUCCGUGGCAGAGAUUGUAACGCGUUCUCAGCUGGGGGCUCUGCUACGCCAUGCUCUUACAUUAGACACCACCUGGGGCGCUCCCUGGGCUCUCCAUGCUCUUACCUGCUUAUUGCAAGAUAUUCUUGAAGGUAAUGAAUUUUGUAUUGCAUUCUAUUGUGUGUUAACAGCAUUAUAUAUUUGUUUAGCCAUUAUUAGUCUCUCUCUCUCUCUCUCUCUCUUUCUCUUUUUCUCAGGCAAAUACUCCUUCCUGGAUCUUGAAGAUAGCUCUGAGAGUGAAGACAUGAUUGGAGAAUACCUUGCAGAUAUGCAGCCUUGUUUUGUUGGGUCAGGCAACCAUCCCUACACAUCAAUAGAACUUGCCAUGUCCAACCUUCCUCCACCAUACCCGCCGCCUCCACUUCCCAAUCAGUCAUCCUCUCGUGCUGGAAAAGAUUCCCGUAUUGGGGACCUGGUGAGCGGGCCGCUGAGCAGUGCACACCCGGGCAUGGACCAUUCCACAGCGGUCGAUGCCAGACUGGAGGCCGGAGUGUCACUGUUGUCGGAGCUAAGAUUGCACAUGAUGGGAGCAGUACACACCUCCAGGCUCAGUCUAGCAGUCACAGCCCCAUUGAAGGUUUCCAGUGGGAUGUGGGCUGACACUGAGGUGUGUGGUCCUGGUGACCUCUCUGCUAGUGUUCAACUCCUCACUGAUGUGUUCCAGAAAAUUUUGCUUCACCUUUCUAUGGAGUUUGAUGGUAGUCACGUGGAGUCAGUACUGGGACUGUGGCUCAGUAUUAACCUGGAGUUGGCCGGUGGGAAGUACACGCCUUCCAUCGCACCCACUGUACCCCUCACGCCCAGGGCCAUAUCGGCACUGCUGGCGGCGGUCGUCAGAAGUGGUAGUGUGAGCAUGCGGUGCUGGUGCCUGGUGCUACAGACACUCACACUCUGCUGUAAUCACACGCCCCAGGACCCACUACCUCCCACUACUGCAGAACAGUACGAUCAUAUUGAUUUGAGUGGGAUGGCAAUAACUAUUGUAACCGAUGUUAACUUCACCACAACAUUACAAAAGCUGUUGACUGGAUCUUGCGCUACAGGAUCUGACAUGAGAAGCGACGUUGUUGGCAGCACAGUAACUGGACUCUUGGAAGAUCUAUUGGUUCGCCUUCGUGUGAGGUGUGAUGUGAUGAGUGUGACGAGCGUGCCUGGAACUACUCUGAAAUAUGCUCUUCUUAGUUUAGUUGCACGUCUUCUGGAGUGUCAGGGAGCCAUAUCAUUAUCUAUGGGACCUCUGGACGCACAGUGCUGUCUGCUGGGGACCCUCUUGUCUAUGCAUUACGAUGGAAUGGAUCGUAUGCAUGUUCCAUUAGCCAUCAUUAACUCCACAGUGGUCUUGGUUCAUGGGCACCUUAUGUCAAGUGAGGGAGUCACAUAUGGAGCAACUAACCAGAAUGCAAAUAUGUUGGGAGGUUUGUUUGCCUCUGUUCUGGGUUCAGAUGGUCGUCAAGGUCCUGCACCAUCUCGCCUUGCUCUGCUUUGUUCUCUUCUUAAUCUCUCCCGCAAGUUGUCUCAAACACCACUUGUCAGCCCAGCCCAGGCUCGCACUGGAGGAGCAAUCUUUGAAGUUGAGGAAAAUGGUGGAGGGUCCCUGACGGAUUCCAGCAAGCUAGAGCAACAGCGAUCCGAUGCCAGCUCCAGCCAAACUGAUGAGCAUAAAGCAAUGCACACACCACAGACCUGCUCUCAUGCUGCACCCAACAGUGUGGUCUGCCUGGCAGAUACAGUAUUACAAAAUAGAGAAACGAUGCAGCUGCUGCUGAAGUCUGUAUCGGCGUGUGAAGGCAGCAGCGUAUCCAUGUUGUUGGGUACGGUGAGCGGAGAGGUGUCAGAGAAGCUGUGCCUUGGGGAGACCCUCACCGAUGCACUCUAUCAGCUCCUGCUCACACUCAACACCAAAGCUACGGCACCAGAGCUCAUCCUCAGACCUGUCAUUGCCUUCAUCACUCCAGGUGGUUGGUGGAGCCCGCCCUUGUUGUCAGAAGCUGCCCUGUGUUUCUUCACUCGUGUGCUGGACUGUCCCACCAUACUGGAGAAGUUUGCUGCACUUGGAGGCAUGAAGAUGCUGUGGGAAAACCUUGUGAGCAGUGUGGGAAUGAUGGGUGGCGGGCGUGGGGGCUUGGUUACUGCGGUCAUGAACCACCUGGCCCCGCCUCUCCCACCCUCAACUCACAACACACCUUCCAACAAACGAAGUGAGCCCUUGGAGCAGACAGAGGGUCUCUACAACUUUGCUCCUUUGGCUGUUGUAACUUCCAGUAACCCAACAGCAAGACCAGCCAAUGUCCUUGUUGAUUCCAACCAGCUAUUCCAAAGAACAAAGAGUGCUCCAUGGUCUUAUCACUUCUACCCGGAUGAGAGUUGGGUGGACCUGAACCUGACUUUGCCGUGUGCAAUCCUGCUGCACGAAGUGCAUCUCUUUCCCCACACAGUUUCUCUUGUUUCUUGCCCAUCAGCUGUAUGUGUGGAGGUUGGGGUUGAAGGUGGGUACCUCAUGCCAGUGAGUGGACCACUGAGUACUGCUGGACUCUCCCGUGUUCGUCUAGUACUUCCCCGCCCUGUUGUGGCUUCCAUUGUUGUCGUUCGUCUUCAUCGGCCAAGGGAUUCAUCGACACUUGGUUUAUCUCAACUGAAGUUGCUGGGCACCACCACAUUUAGAGGAGCUUCCAGAGGUGUACAUGAAACUGCAAUUACCGAUUACGCUCCACAUCGAGCAAGUACUGUACUUGGUGUUGACCAUCGCAGCAUGUGGUGGCUGAGGCUGAUCAACCAGUGUAUGUGUCGUGUAGAGGGAGGGCUGAGUGUUGGAGUGGAGGCUGGAGCCUCUGUAUCUGGAGUAAUGGAGGCCUGUGUAACUCUGUUGCUGACGCCUCCAUGGCCCCUCCAUCUGGCACUCCUUGGCUCUGCUCCCCUGGAGGCCACCACCCUGGCCCUGGCGGCACUCUCCCCUCAGCUGCUCCACACACUGAUCAUGACGCUACUCACCCACCCACUCCUCAGACAACCUGCAGGUGGAAAUAGUUUAGAUGCAGCAAUUGCCCUGCUGUAUGAGCUGUGUGUUGGCAGCAGCAGCAUGGAAGGGGUUUCAGUGCUGCUCUCCUGGCUAAACCACGUGGUAAUGUAUCCAUCAUCUCCAUCACCGACCACCGAUGACUACCGGCACAAUCUUGGGCCUGCACCACAGCAGCGGGAGUCUCCUCAGUCUUCACCUGCAAGUAUCAACAGUGGAGUUAGUGCUGAAGUGCUACAUUGCAUCGCAGCUGUGCUCUGGAACACGACGCAUGAUACCACCAACCUCAUUACUGAUGAUCUCUUCAGACGGGUGUACGAGUGGUCGGAAAGAAGCGAAGGUGAAGUAAAAGUUGGCUUGGACCACAUAAUGUGUUCCAUGUGUCACAUUCGGCCGCAGCUCUUCACACAGUUACUGCUGAACAUGUCUGUGUUAACAGUAAUUGACAACAACCAGUCAAUAACAGAUGACAGGAAAGAUAGAGAAGCCGAAAUCCGCGCAGCAAGAACUGAUGACAUGAAAGAGGGCGUUGAGGGAUCUUCAGGAGCAGUAGAAGGGCGACUAAUUCUUCAGGACCCAAGCAUAAUCUCGCUCACCCCGGCACACCUACAGACUCUGGCUACUGUUGCACAAUCUCCUCAGGCCAUUCACCUCAUGCUUGACUCUGGAUUUCCAUUAUUACUUGUCCAUGGUAUUCUAGAGUGGUGCAAAACUGAAGUGUUACACCAGGUGGAGAGCUGCACAUCCCCUAGUGCCGGGGAGAGUGCAACUGACUUGGAGAAAGCCAGUGUUGCUGAAAAGUCAAGAAGUGCAGAAGACACCCUAUCAUCAGCGACGCCACAGGCUCCUCCUCAGAUCACAGCAGCUAUAGUUCCCACUCUGAGCACUUCCCUCGUGGCGCACACGCUGCACACGCUGGGUGCGCUGUGUGCUGAACCUCCCAUGAGAGACUGGCUGGGUUCGGCAGAAGGAUCGGUGUUUUGGUUGCCUUUGCUGACUGUUUUAGGUGACCCUCUGGUACGCGGCAGUGAGCCUCUGAUGCGUGGAUGUGGUUCCUCUGGUGGAAGUGAUAGUGACUACAGCAGUGUGGAGGAUGCUACCAUCCAUCUCAUGCGCCAGUGUUGCCAUAACCACCCCCACAACCAGAACCUGUUGGCCUCGACCUUGUGUCACCUCAUACAGAGACAAAAUAUUCCACCUCCAGGGGGUGUGAGCUACCUACACUCACUCUCGGGUUUUACUCGGCGUCUAGUAUUGCAAUUGUUGUUGGAGACGGAGCGUGUGGUGGUGCACAUCAACAGUCCUCUGGGCAGCCUCUCAUCACCCACUGGAUGCAGCCUCCCACCACUCACUCAACACCCUAAGUUUGGAGCCGGACACAAGACCAGACUUCUCAGUCUCCCAACGACGACAUCCAUGUCAGAAAUUAUCAAGAUGGUCACAGACUGGUCGAGAGGAGUGUUGAACAGCAGUGCAGGCGAACUAGAUCUCACCAGCAACGACCACCGAGAGCCAAAUGAAGUUGGUCACUUGGAGCUGAUGGACAAGCUGUCGGUGGCUGCCGGAGUGACGGCAAAGGACAAGAGGAGUAAGAACAAGGCAAAUGCAACUAUUCACAGGGUGUCCAUGACUAUGCCUAGAAGAGGUGGGGAUCAGGAUGCUGAAAAACAGUUCAAUAAGUGUGCAACCACAAGAACGUCAAGUGCCUCGUCAUAUGCCUUGGUGCACGAAAGUUUGGGAAAUUCCUCAGGCUUGCCAUCCACGCUGACUGUGGCCCAAGUGAUGGCCGCUCUCCGUCACCAGGGCCAUCCACCCGCCUCCCACGUCACCCUCACGCUCACUAACCGCAGGGACCAUAGUAGGGAAGGUGAAAGUGGGCGGGAAGGUGCACUGUUGUGUACCGAGCCACUGGCGUCCACCCUACAUGUCUUCACCAGCCAAGGUGGCCUGUCACUUCUAGCCCAGCACAUGUCACUCCUCUACCCUGACAUGGGCCAACAGCAACCUAGUACUGCGUCGUGUGUGCGGGGCAGCAACGGAGACAAAGGAGAGAUACUGGUGGAGAAUGAUUGGGUCAGUGUUGAGAUGAAUGAUUAUGAGUCAGCGAAUAUGUUAGACUACCUGGUGAUGGGAGGAGGGAGCGGUGGGUCUCCAGGACCAGUUGGUGGAGGCACAGUCAGCCUCCUCACCCUACCCUCCAUUCCACCACAUGCCUUGGGAGCCUUCACACUCUUCCUGCGCCUUCCGGGAUAUGCAGAGACCCUUUUGAAAGACACCCACAAAGCAUGCUGUCUUCUUCGCCUUGCCUUAGGAGUUACUGAUGAUGGUGAUGGCGGGGAUAUUGUAGGACCAGGUGUGGGUGGCUCGCUGGCAACAAUGCCCUUCCAAGUGCUGGAGUCCCUGCUGGAAGCCACACCUCUCACGACGGAUGACGGAGUGCUGCUGCGUCGCAUGUGUCUAGAGUCGGGAGCACUACAUCUCAUCCUGGCGUGUCUAGCAGCACUGUCACACCAGGACACACCAGAGGUCGUCUCAUCUCUCUACCACCAGAAUGUGCCCAUUGGCCUUGUUGUGGCAACAACAAGAGCCACGUGUGUGGACACCCGUGAUUCCAUCGGCAUUCACCGAGGUGAAGGGGACCGAUGCCACUAUUGGGCCAAAGGCACAGGUUUUGGCACGGGCAGCACCACCCAGAGCUGGGAUGUGGAGCAAGCUCUCGUGAGACAGAAGGUGGAGGAGGAACACGUAGUUUGGCUUGUGCGCCUCCUUGCCAAGUACAUCAAUCCAGGGGAUAUUGUGCCUGCUGAGCUACAACAAGAAACAAACGGAGCUGUGUCGGGUGGCAGCUUUGACUCGCAGAAUGAUGGUGGAUCAUCAGACUCUCAUAGUGAGAGUUGCGUCAUUCCCCUGAUGUCGUCGUCUCCGCAUGCUCCACCUGCCCUUCCGUCGGCUCUUCUUCAUCUCUUCCAGAAUUCUGGACUUAUAACGACUAUCGCCUCCAACCUUAGCAAUGAUUCUGUUCUGGAUAUGUCUCGUCAUGUGCCCCUCUAUCGAGCUCUUCUGGCACUGGUACGUGGCUUGUCAGUCACUUCCAGCCUCGCCCCGCUCUUGAUGACACAGCAAAAUUCUGUGCCAUCUUAUGGAGGGACUGAAGCCACUCCCCUGCCCUGCAUUCCUGCACUUUUGGAAAAGAUGAAGACGACCGUAAAUACGUACAUGGCAAAGCUUAGGUGGAAGUCGUCUAAAGCAGCAGGAGGGGUUAACAAUGGAAAUGGAGGCAACAACAUCUCCUCAGAUGAAGUAGAGCAGGAGGAAGGUUUAUCCUUAAUUGUUCCUGAUAUACAGAAUACUGCUGUAGUUGUUAAGGUGUGUACAGAGCGAUUGCAGCAGGAGCUGGAGAAUGAGGACCACAUCGAUGGAGGAGCUUCAGCCCAGCCAGUAUCGUCUCGGUCGCUGAUGGAAGUGUACCUCAGCAGCCUUAAGCCAAUGCAGUUUGAUACAUAUGAAAUGGUUGUUGAAGAUUGUGAACGAGGUAUUCGGUUUGUUGUGUCACAUCACUACGAAGGCUCAGUAAGAGGAGCAGGAGACCUGUGUACACCACGCAGGAUGAAGCGGUUGGCCCAGGAAGCAGUUACCUUAUCAUCGUCACUCCCUUUGUCGUAUUCUUCUUCAGUGUUUGUCCGCACAGAUCUCGAUAGAUUAGACAUCAUGAAGGUGCUUAUCACAGGGCCCGAGGACACCCCUUAUGCCAAUGGCUGCUUUGAAUUUGAUGUCUACUUCCCUGUAGACUACCCAACCUCUCCACUCCACAUCAACCUCCAGACUACUGGGGAGGGACGUGUACGCUUUAAUCCCAACCUGUAUCAGGAUGGGAAGGUGUGUCUGAGCAUCCUCAACACGUGGCAUGGCAGGCCCGAGGAGAAGUGGAAUCCUCAGACUUCUUCUCUUCUACAAGUGCUAGUGUCAAUUCAAAGUUUGAUCUUUGUGAGUGAACCUUACUUCAAUGAGCCAGGGUAUGAGAGGUCGAGAGGGACGCCAACUGCUAUGCAAAAUUCUCGUGAAUAUGAUGCAAAUAUACGAGCUGCGACAGUCAGAUGGGCUAUGCUUAAUCAGCUACGUAAUCCAUCUCCAUGUUUCAAAGAGGUGAUUGAACGUCACUUCUGGCUGAAGCACAAGGAGAUCUUGGAACAAGUUGAUGGCUGGAUUAGUAACAUGGAAGCUCUUAGUGAAAACAGGAGAACGGGAAAAAACAUUGCCCAUAAUACUGUGGGGCUUAAGAAAAACUUCCAGUUGCUCAAGGAAGAAUUCAGGAAGAUGACUCCACCACCAGGCUUUGAAGGCAUUCCCUUAUCCGUAAGUUUAACAAGUUCCUGCAGCAGGUCGCCAGUGACCUCACAGUUCCACAACUCUCAAGCACUGGAAAAGGAGAGAGAGUGUGCUCAAGAGGAAAAGGAGAAGGAGCCGAGAGGAGCAACUGGGGGCCAGGCUGGAGGACCAGUCCGCACACGGAUAAGGAAGACCUCCAGGGCCAAUUUAUUUAUGAGUAAACCACACACAGAUUCCAAUAAACAUGGUAUUCAUAGUUCAGGAAUACCAGUUAACAAGACUAUAAGUGGCAGCAUUGGUGGCAGUGCUGUAGUCAAUAGCACAACAGUGAAGCCAUUGCAGCAGGGCUUACCUACUCAGGAGACAGUGGGAGAUGGACUUGUGGUGUUGCCCUUUGGAGAAUCGCAUUCAGUGACUGUGAUGUCGGAGGUCGUUCAGGCUACUAAAGCCACAACGUGCCCAAAUUCAGAUAGCAAAGUGGACAGUACAACAGUUGACAUAGAUGGAGAUGUAUGUAAUCAUAUGAAUUAUUCUAGUUCCUCUGUAAAAGAUAGUUCUCCAGACUCGCCUAGUUCACAUAACACCUCGACAGGAAUGACCUGCUAGCAUCACGCACCAGUGUGGUUUUUUCCUAUAAAUCCUAAUGCCAAUCUUGCAUGAACAUUUUGGUGCACUUUCAUUUUCAUCCAAAGUUCAGCUUUUUAGUUUGCCAAGAAAUCAGAAACUUGGAUAAUAAAGAUAUUUUAUGGUUUUAAUAUUCUUCACCAGUGGUUCAGUGACAAGUUUUGAGCACAUUCCAGAGAUUGGUUUGGUUACUUGUCUGCUGUUGAGGUGGAGUACACUUGUGUGGGCUAUCCUAUGGAUGUUUAUACUUAGAUAAACUGAACAUGUUGGUGUGAUACCGAUGAGGUGACUGUGAUUUAAUUAAUAGUCAAAACUCAGUGACUUUUAUUUUAUUUGAAAAGUUCAAAAGACCUGUCACUAGUACAAUUGUGUACUGUGCAUUUAGGAUCUGACACAAUAGCUGACACGCACUGCAAAACUGAAAAUUUCUUUGUGAUUGUCAGAACUGGAUACACAAUUAUUUAGCAAUUGUCUGCAUGACUUGUGUUUGCUAGUCAGUGUGUGAAUUGUGUUCAGUGUGACUAAUCAUAUCUUUCAGUUUCAUACUGUAUUGUAUUCACUAACACAUAAGAAACAUAUGGAUAUGUGCUGUACAAAUUAAUUCUUAUUGCCUAUUUGUGAUGUGCAUAGUGUGUGUGAUGUGGGAGGAUGAAUGGUGUGGUGUGAUUGUGUACCCUGGCGUGUUAAUAUUGUGCUCUGGGGCGUAGAUGGAGAUCACAAGCGGUGAAACAUUGCCUUCUGAGUGUGAAUUGCUGAAUGUGAUGGUUUAAUUUGUUUAUAAUUUCUUGUCUAGCUCUCAGGUACUGUAUAUUCAUCAUGCCUUUCUUAAGUGGUCAUCAGUUGGACUACGGCAUGAGUGCUAACAAGAUGAUCAUCUUUGCAUAUCGUGAUCUAUAGGGAGAAUUUGUAAAUGAUUCUUAUUCACUUGGUAUAGCUUAUAAUAGUUUUGUAAAUAUAUAUAAAUGUCGACAGUAAUUUAGCAAAGUAAAAAGUACAUUAUGUACAUGUUUUGUUUUUGAUAAAAAAUAUUCCCUUUGAUGUCAUCACACCAUCAGAAAUGACCAUAACAAAUGGUUAAUUGUUAAAUAAUUGACAUGAAUAUA